AUGACAAGCACCAAGAAGAUCAUCAAGAGCUACAAGGUCUUCAAUCCAGUCGAUGUGCACUUGGCAGACGAUGGUGUCGUUCAAGCGAUCGGAAAAGGCGACAUUGUGAUGUCAAUGAAGACUCCGCGUGGAAUCAAGAAAGGUGUGCUCACGGACGUGUGGCACAUCCCGAAGUUAUCGCGCAAUCUGUUCUCCGUGGGUAGACUCACCAAGGACGUCGGUUAG